AUGAGAAGCCGAUCCAUAACAUCCAGGAGAGCUGUAUACAGCACCAACGCUCUCUCUCUCACCCUCUCCUUCCCUUCUUUGAUUCACAAUGCUGCCGCGGCAGCGGUGGCAACAUUUGGGGAGAUAAAAGUCGAGACGGUCCUGGGGCGUCAAGUGCCAUCCCGCGAGGGGCGCACGUCGCCCAUUUCCUCAACCCAACAACACACUCAGGGCGAGAGGGGACACAACACAGCACAACACGAAGGCCUCCAUUUGGCCGCCGCCACGAAUGCUCACAGUCCAAUUCUCAUUGCUUUGCCCCUCCUUAUGUGGCAGCACUACCACCCCUCCGCCUUAUGCGCUCCUCUUGCCUCUCCUCGCCGGUGGAACAGCAUCCACCUCCACUCUGUGCUCUGUGAAAAUUGA